AAAACAGUUCUUUUGGGAAUGUAUGUAAAUAGUUAAGCAUUGUGUUCUACAAAACUACAACGCACGAAGAAAAUCCUUCGCUUAGUAUGUAAUUUUUAUUAUCCGUUUCUUGUGGCCGGUGUUCUAACCGAAGGAGUAUGACUAAAUUGUGCCAACGAGCCCUUUUGGCUCUCGUGAUUUUCGGUCUGGUGAAAGAACAGGAAGCAACUGCCUCGCUGUUUUUCCAGGCCAUCACGUCAGCUUUGGCAACCAUACCCUUUAGUGCAGGUCCUAUAACAACAGGCCUUGUUGGAGCAAAAUUAGCCAUAGGAGCUAAACUUCUGUUUUAUCUAGGGUAUUUUGGCCAAGGCCGAUCAAAACCUAAGCCGCCGCCCAUGCGGCCCCCAAAAAAUACUUUUUCUAAACCAGGUGGCGGUGGUGGAUUUCCAGCACCAGGAGGCUCUCAGUUUGGUGGUGGAUUGCCUCUGCCUUAUGCUUUAUCUGGAGCAGGGGGGUUUCCCCCUCAGCAGCCUGGAGGGGGUUUAGGACCUUAUGGAGUAUUUCCCCCUCAGCAGCCUGGAGGUGGACUAGGAAAUUAUGGAGGAUUUCCCCCUCAGCAGCCUGGAGGUGGACAAGGACCUUAUGGAGGAUUUGAUCCGGCUGAACUUUUUCAAGCAUUAGCGGCUCAAGGAAUUGAUCCAAAUUUAGCUAUGCAAGCAAUGAACAGGGAAGGAGGAGGAUUCGGUGGAGAUGCAUCAAGUUUUGAACAAACCUUACCACAAGGUGGGGGAGGAUUUAAUCAGUUUCCGCCUAAUGCUGGUGUUGGGAAUGGAGGUGGUGGGUUCGGAAGUAUGCCUCACGAUGUUUCAAAUAGUCUACCUCCGUCGCCAGGUCUCGAUACUCCUGCAGCCGAUGGAGGAGCUGGAUCCGAAGAGGAUAUCGAGAGUUUCUUUACUUUCCUUCGUGAUAUGGAUGAUAAUACUUGUAUUUCCAGGCUGAUGUGUGACAUUGGCGCAGAUCCUUCCUUUUUGGGAGACUUCUCGGAGAAUAUUCACGGAAUUAUCAGCUCUCUAGAAGUUCUGCCAUCCAGUGGUGCUUACCAGUAUAUUUCCAUAAUGGAAGCAGGAAAGCGAGAAGGUGGCUGCUCGGGGAGAUUCCCUCAAUGUGGUGAUGCUGCUUAUGAAAUCGUGAAAAACGUAGCACCAUCUGUGGGUGUUCCUCAAAACAUUAAUUCGGAUAUGGUUAAUCAAUUGUAAUGGGCAUCUUGCAUAUUUAUAACUCGUAUUUAAAAACUGCCUUUUUAAAAUAAACUACCAAAUAUCUCGAA